UCCAUCUCCCUCUCCCUCUGCUUCGCCUUUUCUUUUGCCUCCCACCGUAGCAGGAUUUUGAUAAGGCAAGCCUCUGCCGCCUCUGUCUCUGCCUCCUCUUGCUCCGCGGCCGGAUUUGGGGCCGCCAACCUUUGUUUCCGUCUGGUCUGACUCUUUCCUUGAUCGUAAAGUUGCCUUCUUUGGAUCGUUCCAUGGUUCUUGAUGGUGGAUGAAAUCAGUUCAUGAGGAUAUAGGGCUGAACACUUCGUUUCUUACAUAUUUUCUGUCUUCCUCGAUAUAUACCUCCAUCCUGUUGUUUGUGUUUUGAUUGAUCCUUUUUCUUUGACUGCUUCGCUGUUCAUGUUAAAGAUCUUAUUUCGUAGAACUGCAGAUUUUGAUUCGUGUCAAAUUAAGUCUGUGGUAGCUUUAGUUCCGUAAAAGUUAGAGAUUGGCAGCUAUCCGGAAUCAACUGGUGGCAUUCCACCAGCAUUUCACCGAACUCUGGUUCUUCGUAUAACCCUUGACGAGAAAUUAGGAUUUGUAGAUCUUAUUCUGGUUGCUGGACUGUAAGAAGGGUUAGUACCAGGUGAUUACUUAGGGUUUAUCUUGAUCUAAAUUUAGGUAGUGUAGAAGAUAUCUGGUUCAAUGGUUAUGGAUUCUGGCCUCCGUGAAUUGUCCGGCAUGAUGAGCGGACUGAGUUAUGAUGAUUUCUAUUCCGAUCAAAACAUUUUCCGGGCUAUUGGGUUAGGAGAGUCGCAGCCCUUUCUAGGGCAUGUUAACUAUGUAGACUUGGCACAAAUGUCUUCCCUGACCAACCAAAGUAGCUAUCCCACAUCCAUUAGCACAAGUGUCGAGGGUGAUAAUCCAGAAGAUAGUGAUAUCUUCUACUCGGACAUCGCCCUAAACUACAUAAGCCGAAUGCUUCUGGAGGAGGAUAUAGAUGAGAAGGUUAGUACUUACAAAGAAGACUCAGCCCUUCGAGCUGCGGUGAAACCCUUCUAUGACAUCCUUGGCCAAAAGUACCCACCAUCCCCUGAUCGGCCACUGUUCGAUGGUCACCAUUGUUCAGGGAGCCCUGAUGAGACAAGCAAUGAUCGGUAUGGGAAUCUCUAUAGAGGUGGUGCCAGUAGUAGCAGCAGGGUUGCAGACAAUAGCUCCGUCUGUGAUUCUUCGGAUUACCAACAGUCACUCACUUGCCCGGGUUCUGUUGAUUAUUCACCUCAGACUCCAUCUAGCUCCUAUAACAGCAUCAGUAGCAUAGAGGAGCCGUUUAAUAAUGUGACCAUAUCUCCUAAUUUGUUUUUCGGAAGCAUGCCGACCUGGCAUUUCAAGAGAGGAGUCGAAGAAGCACGCAAGUUCCUUCCCAGCAAUGAUAAAUUGUUUAUCAACUUAGAGUCUAAUGGUGUUUCAUCGGUUCAGAUACCAAAAAGAGAUGGUAAACUGUGCAAUAGCAAGGGGAAGGUGGAGAAAACAAUUUCGUCAAAUGGUUCCAGAGUUCGGAAGAAUCCAAACAGGGAGGACUUGGAUUUGACAGAGGGGAGGAACAAUAAACAGUCGGCUGUUUCAUCUGAUGGAGAAGUCAGGUCUGAAAUGUUUGACAUGGUUUUGCUUUAUCAGGGAGAUAAAUGCUCUAAGAAGAUGUCUGAUCUACGGGAAGCAAUGCAGAAUGAGGCAAGCAAAAGUGCCCAGAAUGUUCCAACAAAGGGUUCAAGUGGUGGCAAGACACGACGAAAGAAGCAAACAAAGAAAGAGGUGGUGGAUCUCAGAACUCUUCUCAUCCUGUGUGCGCAAGCUGUGGCAGUUGACGACAGGCGAACCGCUAAUGAACUGCUGAAGCAAAUUAGACAGCACUCUUCACCUAAUGGAGAUGGGUCUCAGAGGUUGGCACAUUGCUUUGCGGACGGUCUUGAGGCUCGCUUAGCUGGCAUGGGAAGUCAGAUCUAUCAGGCUCUUGUGGCAAAGAGGACCACCGCAACCGAUAUAUUGAAGGCUUAUCAUUUGUAUCUUGCAGCAUGUCCUUUCAAGAGGAUUUCACAUUUUUUCUCUAAUCAGACGAUACUUAAUCUGGCAGAGAAGGCAUCAAAGGUUCAUAUCAUUGAUUUUGGCAUCUAUUUUGGGUUUCAGUGGCCAUGCCUUAUCCAGCGUCUCGCCACUAGGGAGGGUGGCCCACCAAAAUUGCGAAUAACUGGUAUCGAUGUGCCUCAGCCAGGUUUCCGUCCCACAGAGAGAAUUGAAGAGACAGGGCAAAGGCUGGCAGCUUAUGCAAAAGGUUUUAAUGUUCCUUUCGAGUAUCAGGCCAUUGCCUCUAAAUGGGAGAGCAUUCGGGUUGAGGAUCUUCACAUUGCUAAAGAUGAGGUUGUGGUGGUCAACUGUUUGUACCGCUUCAGGAAUCUCAUUGAUGAGACUGUCAUUGUGGAUAGUCCCAGGAAUCGGGUCCUCAACACAAUUAGGAAGAUGAACCCAGAUGCUUUCAUCCAUGGAGUCGUAAAUGGAUCAUACAGUGCCCCCUUCUUUGUAACACGCUUCCGAGAGGCUCUCUUCCACUUCUCUGCUUUGUUUGACAUGCUUGAAACGAAUGUGCCGCGCGACGAUGAACAAAGGUUAUUGAUCGAGAAGGAUCUCUUUGGAAGGGAGGCUCUUAAUGUUAUAGCAUGUGAAGGCUCAGAAAGGGUCGAGAGACCUGAGACAUACAAGCAGUGGCAGGUCAGGAACCUCAGGGCUGGGUUUGUGCAGCUUCCGCUGGACCCCGACAUCAUGAAGAAAGCCAAUGAUAAGGUGAAGAGCUGCUAUCACAAGGAUUUCGUUAUCGAUGAAGAUAGCCGAUGGUUGAUUCAGGGAUGGAAGGGAAGGAUCACUUACGCCAUAUCCGCAUGGAAGCCUACUGAAGCUUAGUGUAACCUUUCGGUCAUUGCCGUAAAAGUUAAACAUGCUUCCAGGCAAUUGGUCCUGAUUCAUCUAACCAAUCUCUGAUGAGGCAGAUGGGACCGGACUUCUGUACCAGAGAUCGGCAUUUGUUGGCAAAGAAGUCAAUGAAAAUUUUGGACUGCAAAGGAAGUGAUGUUAGGAGCUGCCGACAACAACAAGAGGGUACUGAAAUCUUCUGGUUUGCAGCCAACAAACACAACAAAGAAUACGUUUGUGGGUUUCCAAGAAUUUUAUGUAUUUGAACUAUCGAAAUUAACAAUCAAAUGAAGUAGCCAUUUUAAGUUCA